AUGGCGAGUUUCAGGUCCCAAGCAAUACAACUCAGAAGUGGUCUGAAACCUAAAGGAAAGACUUAUGGGUUGACUAAGCAGAAGAGACGAGAGAUCGAAGAUAUCUUUAAUCUCUUCGACAUAGAUGGUUCAGGUACCAUCGAUGCUCGUGAGCUCCACGUUGCUAUGAGGAUUCUCGGAUUUGAGAUGAAUGAUGAGCAAAUAAACGAAUUGAUGGCAGAAGUAGAUAAAGACCAAAGUGGAGCAAUAGAUUUUGACGAAUUCGUGUAUAUGAUGACAACUAAAUUUGGAGAACGAGACUCGAUAGAAGAAUUGUCUAAGGCAUUUAAGAUCAUUGAUCACGACAACAAUGGGAAGAUUUCACAUCACGAUAUCAAACAAAUUGCUAAAGAGUUGGGAGAAAAUUUCACAGAUAAUGAUAUAGAAGAAAUGAUCGAAGAGGCAGAUCGUGACAAAGAUGGAGAAGUUAAUUUGGAGGAGUUCAUGAAGAUGAUGAAGAGAACCUCUUAUGGCUAUGAGAAGUAA